CAGGCUUGGACGGCUGUUAAAUUUUAGCUGCUAACGUUAAGUGAAGUUUUAGUUGGUGUUCGUGUUCGUGUGUUCCUGUAACCAAAACUUCUGAGUAGCGAGCAGGUGCCCAGCUCAAGCAGAGUUAUUCUUCACUGUGUGUGGCUAUAGUCCAACAUCCGAUGGCAGAACAACCCUUGAUAGAGUGGAGCAGUGGUCUCUUUGACUGUUUUGAAGAUGUGGCGACUUGUUGCUAUGGUUUCUGGUGCUGCCCUUGCCUUGCCAUCACAGUUUCAGAAAGAUUUGGAGAGAGCCGUUGUCUCCCAUUAUGUGACAUGUGCACCCCCGCCAUUACUGCAUGUUGUGGGAUACCUCUGUGUCUGCCGCCUCCAGCCGUCCUGUCUCUAAGGGCUGCCAUGCGAAACAGAUAUGGUAUCAAGGGUUCUCUCUGUAAGGACAUUGCAGCUGCCUGUUUCUGUGGGACGUGCGCCUGGUGUCAGAUGCAUCGUGAGUUAAAACAUCGCAAAAAAACUCCCACCGUCAUCGUCAUGCAAAAUCAAGUCAAUUUCCAAAUGCAGCCUGCUCCUGUGAUGAUGAUUCCUGGAUACCCGCCCCAAGCUGGUUUUGUGAACCAACCAGGAGGCUUUGUGAUGUCAUCCUGAGCUCUGUGGCUUCUUGUUUGUGUGUUGUUGUCUUCUGAAGGAAAUAUUAUGCAGCUUAGAUCCUACUAGUGUUUGUUUUGUUACACCAAAGACAAAAUGUAAGUGUAUGUCUAUGAGUGAAAACCAAAGUAGUAAUCACAGUGAUUUGUGUCCCCUUGGCAUCAGAGUAUGCUGAAUCCGUUUCAGUCUAUUAAUAAUUAUGACAAUUAUUGUUCCAAAGUCCUUGGGAAAACCCCUUAAUUAAAAAAAAAAUGUUGUUCAUUUACAGCCACCAUGGGCAUCAGGUCAAGGAUGAAGGAGAUAAUUGUAGUCCUUUAAAAUCUUUAUUUAUAAUUAAAGAAAUAAUAAAGAUGUAUUAGGAUACGAACUACAGUACUACUCAGCAACAUCACAGUGCAGUUUAUCCUAAAGCACAGCAGAGGGCACUAACGUUAUAUGAACACAAAUUAAGUCAUCCAUCCAUUGCAAUCCUCCUCUUUGGUAAAAUAAAACGCUUUGACAACUUAUGCUAGUAAAGACCUACUACUAAAGAUUUUGGCACUAAAAUAGACCAAAAACUUAUAAAAAGCCACACAAAUACACAUAUUCUAUUUGAUGGCCAUGUGGUCUUAAUAAGCAUACUAAACAGCUAGCAUCUUAACUAUGUACAUUAAGAGAUUUUUGCAGUGCAAUCUAAAAAUGAAGUAUAUACAGUUUUUACAUAAAUAAAUAUAAAAGCUACAGUAACUUACUUUGAUGGAGUCACACACUGCACAAAAGCAACAACUCGAAGGAAGACCACACUACACACAGAACAAGAACACUGAACAUGUAACACUCUAAGGUGAUGGGUUCUAGGUGGUUCAGACAGAAACACAAUGUGACAAUCAGAGAACAUAUACCUACUGUACAUACAGUUGCUCGGGCAUUUUUUAACAAUUGUAGUUUAAUUACAGUGAUACUUGAUCAUACAGUUCCACAAAUAGAUAUACCGGAUCAAAACUUCCAUUUAUAUUAAUAAUACUUAUUGACUAUCGGCUCAAACUAUUUUAAUUUUAGUCUCAAGAUUCCCUGUUUAUAAAAGAAGAGAAAAUAAUUCCUAAUUCUAUAUUCUUUUCCUAAACCUUGUUCUACUGAAUGCCACCUCUUCAUGAUGAAGUGCUUCUUUGUGAGAUUAGCCUACAUCAUAGCGCCCCUUAAAUGACUAUAUACUGUAAGCAUACCUGUUACUGUUCUGUCUGUUUGUGGGCAAGUUCUAUUCACAGAAAUGUAACCAAAGAAUAAUAGAUAAAUAACAAUAAAUAGAAGAAAUUCACAAUUCAGAGAUUUCUUAAAGAUGAAAGAAAGCUUGUCCACCAAGAAGUUUACAAAACCAAGGGCACAAAAUAUCUUCUAGGCACUCUCAUUUCAUUUUCAUUUCAGAGAGAAAGAGAGAGAGCAUUCCUAUUGGCUGUUCUCUGUGAGUGAGAUUUUGUUUGUUUUUUUAGUGAUGUGAAAGCUGCUGUGUUCUUGCUAACUUCAAUUGGAUAAUGAAGAAAUCCACCCAGCUUUAAACUGUGACCCUACUGUGUAAUAUUCAUGGUCUUAUAAGUUCUAUUUUCUGACCUAUUGUUAUACAUUGUUUUAAUUUUUCAUCUUGUAAUGUUUCAUGGUUGAAAUAAGAAAAUGAUAAUUAAAUUCUUAUUCUUUA